AUGUCACAAGCCAAACUCACCAAGCCUACUGUGCCCUUUUCUGAAGCACCUUGGAUUCAAGGUCUGCCUUCGUCGAUCUUCACCUCGGCGUCUCACGUUCAGCUUCGAGAGUGGGCUCGCAACUGGUGUGACGAAGUGCUGAUCAAGCUCGGUGCCAAGUAUGAGGAAGCCGGCGUCAUCACCGACGAUGAAGCUUACAAGCGAGCUGCCAAGGACGGUGUGCUGUUUGCCUUUGCUACGGGCGUGCACGUUGAUCCGAAGAUCGCCAAGAUCGCUCAGAGCGUUGGUGUGGGAUUGCCGUCCGGAAUCAAACCGGAAGAAUGGAACAACAUCCAUGACUAUAUCAUUUGGGAUGAGCUUAACCGAUGUGCUAGUCCUGUGUUGAUGGGAUUGAUCGGCGGACUGACUUAUGGCUCUGGCCCGAUCAUGCACUUUGCCAGUGAUGAGCAGAAACAACGUUGGUUGCCCGAGAUAUUUUCCGGUCGCAAGCGCAUCUGUCUCGCUAUCACGGAGCCGCUCGCCGGAAGCAAUGUGGCCAACCUCAGCACGGAAGCAAAGCUGAUCGAGGAGAACGGCAAGAAGUACUACUUGGUCAACGGUAACAAAAAGUGGAUCACCAACGGCAUCUACUCGGAUUGGUUCACUACUGCCGUACGUACGUCUGGCAAAGCUGGUGAAUCAUCCGGAAUCUCGCUGCUCAUGAUCCCGCGUGGGCCCGGUGUCACGACGAAACAGAUGAAGAUGCUUCCAGGUGGCGCCUCUGGUACAACGAUUGUCGAAUUUGACGAUGUCAAAGUGCCUGUCGAAAACCGGAUUGGUAAAGAAGGUGAUGGACUUAAGCUCGUCUUCUUCAACUUUAACCACGAGCGUUUGACCAUUGCGUUCACUGCGUUGCGAUACGCACGCGUCUGCAUGGAGGACACCAUCGCGCACACGCGACGCAGGGAGGUAUUCGGUAAAAAGCUCAUCGAGCAGCCUGUGGUGCGUCACAAGAUCGGACACAUGGCUCGUGAAGUGGAAGCACUCCAGGCGUGGGUCGAAAGCAUUGUUUUCCAGCAACUCAACUUGACCAUUGCGCAGUCGAACCUCUUGACUGGAGGAACGUGUGCGCUGCUCAAGGCUCACGCGGGCAUCGUGUUGGACAACGUGGUGAGGGAAGCGGUGCACUUGUUGGGUGGUAUGGGACUCACGAAAGGUGGUACGGGCGAGAGGAUCGAACGAAUCUAUCGUGAAGUCAAAGCACUCACCGUUCCUGGUGGAAGUGAAGACGUAAUGAUCGACCUCGGCGUUCGUCAGCAGCUCAAGCUCGUUGGUCCUCAGAGCAAGUUCUGA